GAUGGAUCCAGAAGAUGCUGAACAGGUGGCUGCUGAAUUACAAGGCAAGAAAAUGGAUGGCUGGGGUUUGCAAAUUGCAGCCGGCACUGGCUUGACGGUUUAUGUCGUGUGGGCAGGAAUUCUUAUGCCCGGUUUCCGCAAAGUGCCCUUAAAACUGCAGGUCCCCUACAUCCCAGCAAGUGCUAAACAAAUCGAGAACGUGAUGCAGUCUCAAGGACGUUCUGGGAAGAUCGUAGAUCUGGGCUCGGGAGAUGGCAGAAUUGUUCUGGAAGCUUACAAGCAAGGCUUCAGGCCAUCUGUUGGCUAUGAACUCAAUCCAUGGCUGUUGCGACUUCCCAGCUAUCGUGCGUGGAAAGCUGGGUGUUACGGAAAGUUUCCUUACUACAGAGAACACCUUUGGAAGGUGAACUUAUCCGAUUGUCAGAAUGUAACUGUGUUCCUGGCACCAAGUGUGCUGAUGCUUCUGGAGAAAAAGCUACUGACAGAACUUCCAGAAGGAGCUCGAGUGGUGGCUGGACGGUUUCCUCUCCCCAACUGGACCCACACUGACACAGCUGGGGAAGGUGUGAACCAAGCCUGGGCAUACGACGUCCAGAUGGUCCGGCAACUGAAGAGGGAUGAGCCAGAAGGGAGCCCAGUGUGAGAAGAGGUCACCUUGGACAUGCCAAUU